GGGGUGAUGGUGUGAGGUCAGUCGACUGUGACAGACACACACAGGCUCAUUAUCUCAUCAGUACAGCCUUUAUGUAAAGCAGGUGGAGUUUCUCUCUGUGUUUGUGUGGCUGGAUUUAAUUUCAGAAGCGACUGAAGAAAGCGACAGUAAAAACCUAAACCCAUGGGCCUGAAAAACUCCCACCCUACAAUGUUCCCGGGGGACAUCGUGGAGUACCCCAGGAACAAGUACUUCUCCCACUACGCCAUUUACUACGGAGAGAGAGACGGCGUUCCCUACGUGGCUCACCUGACAUGUCGAGAUUCAGACGCCAAGCUCCCGCUCUUUGGCCGAGCUCUGAGGUCAGAGGUCAAACUGGAUCCACUGGAGAUGCUGGGGAAAAAAUACAAGGUCAGCAACAUGCUGGACGACUCGUUCUCGGCCAGAGACUUCCACAGCGUGGUGAAGCCGGCCAUCGACGACAUGAUGGGCCGCGAGGUCACGUUCGACAUCCUGUUUCACAACAGCGAGCACCAGGCCACGCUCUUCAGAUAUGGAGUCAAGAAGUCGGAGCAGAUAGAGAAGAUUUAUGAAUACAUCAUGCCGGCCUGGAAGAAGCUGUUUGAGAAGAAGAAACUGUGAGAAACUGUUUUACCUGCAGUUUUCACCUCAGCCACCGGAGGGAGCCGUCGCUCCCUGAUCGCAUGUAAGAUUCAGAGAAUAAACUUGAGAUAUUCUGAGUAAAAAGUCAAAGUGUUGUUACAAUAAAGUCGUGAUUUAGACAAAGAGAGUAUCCAUAUUACGAAAUAAAGUUUUUAUUUUAAGAGAAAAAAUAAGGAAAUGUUGUUCCUUAAGAUUCAACUGGGCUUCAUUCUGAGAACAUUCUUAAAAUAUUUUGACUCUAUUCUCAAAAUGUCCAGAUCCCAAUACUCAGUUAUUGUAAGAUGAGAGGAAAUUAAUAGCUUAAAUCAAUCUUGAUUGUUUGUAUGUAUAAAAAAAAAAGAUUAUUUUCAGAUUAAGAAAACUUUCAGGUUAUUAAGUAAUAUAAAACUUCAUUUAAAUAUCUGAAGAAAAGUCCUUAUUUACAAGGAAAAUCAAAGCUGUAAUUUUAUGGGGAAAAAAUAAUUAAAUGUAUUAGUGUGUGAUUUUAUAUACUGUUGUUGUCAUAUUACUUUUGAUUGUAUUUUCUCAUGAAGCUACGACGCACCUCAAAAUCACAUCUUACAUACAGACAUAUGUAAGAUGUGAUUUUUGAGGUACGUCUUUUUUUUGUACAUGUUUGUUUUCAUCAAUAUGUUUUCAACCAGACACAGAUGUUAAAGUUAAUCAUUUCAGGAUGUGAUGAAAAACAACUGCUGUCUCUGGUUCAUGCUAAUAUUAUCAUUAUUAUUAUUCUAUGUGUUAAUGUUUUUAAAAGAAGUGAAGAAAUGUGCUGAAACGUGUGUGGUUUGAUGAUCUGUUGAGAAUAAAGUUUCUUUUUAUUUUAA